UCAUCAGUGUGCGCCGGCUCCGACUUUCCGUGACAGCGCUUCCGCACAGCGUCCAGAGCGCAGCAUAACCUAAUCCGGCUUUUUACCCCCGAGCGGAGGGACACAGCGGCGGAGGAGCUGUGGUCCGGCUCCGAGUCGCGGUGGCAGAGACACGUGGUCAGAGACGGACUUCCGCUGGGUUUAUGCUUUUACUCUUUUAUUUCUAACGUCUAGCAGUGGAGACAUGUCCAGAUCCGCGAAGAAGAACGGCAUACCUGACAGGUGCGUGUCAGCCUACAGCUCCGCGCAUGCACAGGUGGCUCGAUUACUCGCCGGUUGGUAAACGCCUCCGCGGGACUCGAUUCAUCGCCUUCAAAGUUCCUCUGAAGCAGUCUCUGAGCCGCCAGCUGCCGCACUCUGAUGUGUUUGGCCCCUGGGAGCUGCUAGAUGCUGUCAGCAGCGAGGAGGAGGAGCUUGGGCUGAUCAUCGACCUCACUUUCACCACACGUUACUACAGGCUCGAGGACAUUCCCAGGUCCCUGCUGUGUGUGAAGAUCUUCACGCGAGGUCACGAGGUUCCCAGUGAUGACACCAUCCUGAGCUUCAAACGCGCCGUCCACAGCUUCCUGCGGGAGAAUAAGGAGAACGAUAAGCUGAUCGGAGUGCACUGCACCCACGGCCUGAACCGCACCGGGUACCUGAUCUGCAGGUAUCUGAUUGAUGUGGAUGGGAUGGACCCCAGGGAGGCGGUGCAGCUGUUUAACUCAUCCCGCGGUCACGCCAUCGAGAGGCAGAACUACCUGCAUGACCUGCAGCACGGGCGCAGGAGGAGUAACGAACGGAUGGAGGAGGUGGAGCAGGAGCCAAUGAGAGGUCAAGCUGUUCAUCGCCCGCUUUCCAGUUUGCCAAGCGAUGACUGCGAUCAGGAGAGGCGCGCACACGCUCAAAAGUUCUGGCACCACAGACCUCCACGACGAGGGAACGUCCACCUUCAUCACCGCCCUCCUCAACGUGACUUUCUCCCCCCUCCUCCGCCAUCGCUCAACCCGUAUCGAUGGACACGUCCUCAGGCGGAUAAUCAGUGGAGGAGACCGCCACACUUGGAGGAUAGCCGUGUGGGGAACCCUCAGUGGAGGCCAGGCGCCGCAACGCUGGACACGUGGAGAACUCCUCCUCCGAUCCUCCCUCGCUACUCACCACGCUGGACUGCUGAAGGCUAUGGAGUGCCUGAGGAGGAGUGGGCGGGGCCACAAAUGAGACACAGCGACAGCAGACAUAUACAGGGAGGCAGAGCAAGCGGAUACGACCACUAGAUUUUAUUUGAUAGAAGAAGAAUGGACAUAGGUGAUGUGGCCUUUUAAGGACGUUAGUGUUUGAAUGAGAAUAUUUAAACAGGAAUUAAAAUUAACGCUGCUGAAGUCCACUUCAGCCAAUCACAGCGCAGUUCAAAUGUCGUCAUUAUUACUUUGAUAACCUCGCUCUAGCUUCCAAGACUGACAUUUGAUGUGCGUGUGUGUGCCACAUGUCUGAAGGUCAGAGUUCAGGGUGAAGAGUGGAGAGUGAUUUAAAGUUUCAUGUUUUCAUGAGUGAAUAAGAAGAAAAUGAAACAUGUUGUUUGUGUGCUUGUUUUAUUAAAUGAAAGCUGAAAAUGUUGUGUGUC